UCUGACUUCGGAAGUACUUCGUUCAAGUGUCAUCGCGGACAGGGGGCAAAACGUUAGCAGGCACUGAAUUAACGAUAAUUCUAAAGCAAAAUUAAUUAAAAACACAAGCUACAUUGUCUAAACACUGUAGUUUGUUCUGUGAUUGGCUCUUUAGACGUGGGGAUCUGUUUCGUUAACCUUCGCAGAUUUUAGUCUGCCUGGUAUCUGCUUGUAGAAGGUGUUACCAGAUGUGCGGCAGUAAAUUAUCCUGGUGUGAACCGAACCACAGCAGCCCUGUGAGCACAGACGGCAGGGUUUAAUAGGUCCACAUCAGCUAGCUAACGUCGAGUCAAGCCGUCAGCUCCCAGCCAUCACGAUGAGUGGUGAAUCAAAAGCCAACAAAGAGUUUUUGGAGCAGCUGCGGAUGCAGGAACUCUACAGCCAGAAAAAUGAGGAUGGCUCUGACCCCUACACCUACACCGAUCCAGAGGAUGGGACUGUUUAUGACUGGGACCAUGAAAAGAAGGCCUGGUUCCCUAAAAUAACCGAGGACUUCAUCGCAGCUUACCAGGCCAACUAUGGCUUCACUCAGGAGGGAGAUCCAGAUACAAACAAUGCUACAGUGAGCAGCACUGACCCAGCAGCCCCCGAACCAGACGGCAAACCUUCAGUAAAGCAGAACACAGGAGAUGCCACCCAGAAUCCUGACCCAGACCAGCAUGAGACUCUAGCCAAAGAGGCCAAGCAGAAAGGGGAGAAGAGGAAAGCAGAGCCAGGAUGGUUUGAUAUCGAUGACAACAAAAACACAAACGUCUAUGUGUCAGGUCUGCCCCCUGACAUCAGCACCGAAGAGUUUGUUGAAUUGAUGUCCAAGUGCGGCAUUGUGAUGCGGGACCCCAUCACUGAGGAGUACAAGGUCAAACUCUACAAAGACAAAGAAGGAAAUCUGAAGGGAGAUGGCCUCUGCUGCUAUCUCAAGAAGGAGUCGGUGGAAUUGGCUAUGCGCCUGAUUGACGAGUCAGAGGUCAGAGGUUACAGACUCCACGUGGAAGCAGCACGGUUUGAGCUAAAGGGCCAGUAUGACGCCAGUAAGAAGAAGAAGAAGAGUAAAGAUUAUAGGAAGAAGCUGAAGCAGCAACAGAAACAGUUGGACUGGAGGCCAGAGAAGAAAGGAGAAGUGAGGAAGAGGCACGAAAAAGUUGUCAUCAUCAGGAACAUGUUCCAUCCCAGUGACUUUGAGGAAGACCCACUGGUGUUGAAUGAGUAUCGUGAAGAUCUGCGGACAGAGUGUGAGAAGUUCGGGGAGGUCAAGAAGGUCAUCCUCUUUGAUAGACACCCAGACGGCGUGGCCUCAGUCGCAUUCAAGGAGCCCGAGCAAACCGAUGCAUGCAUUCAGUCGUUCAAUGGUCGUUGGUUUGGAGGAAGGCAGUUGUCUGCUCAGCUUUGGGAUGGAACAACAGACUAUCAGGUGGAGGAGACGUCGCGAGAGCGAGAGGAACGACUGAAGGGUUGGUCUACUUUCCUCGAGGUAGGCGACAAAGGCCAGCCGAACAACAACAACACCAUCACCACCACCACCACCACCACCACCACCAAACCAGCAGAGACAGGCAAAGCCACAGAACCCACGGAGCCCUCCAACACCACAGAGCCUGAACAGCACCCCGAAAGAGAACCGCAACCCUCGCAACAAGAGGGACAGGACAUGGACUCUACAGACAGCAGCCUGGCAGGAAGUGAUGAUGAGGAAGCCUAGACACUUGCAUGCACACCUUUGGUCCCCAUGGCAGCCAAUUAGGAUUAGAACUGCUGCAAAGCUCUGUUUUGAUCAUGGCAGGUGGAGAAGGAGCAGGGGGAAUUUGGACAGUUUGAGCUCUUUUGUAAUGUAGAAAAAUAAAAUUGUGAUCUUGUCUGUCCUAUUUUCAUCUUUUUGGUUUAUAUUGUAAUUAGUCAUGCAUUUGAAAAGACGUUUUUUCCUUAAAUACACAGCUUUACUUUAUUUCAGUGUGUCAGUUUGUUUAGAGUAUUGUGUUGAUAACACUUACAAAUUUAGAUGAAUUACAAAAGAUAACUUAGACUGAAACUGUGUAGGAUUUGAAUUGUAGAAGAUUGUUCAGA